AGCUCUGGGAACGCCCACAUCCUGGUACUGCUUGUCUCACGUGUUCAAACAAGCGGAACAGAGACAGCUUUGGAUUUGAGUCAAGACCAAUGGCAGAGUUGAUCACAGCAUGUUCCAACGUCACACUGUCAGUCUCUGCCCUGUGCACAGCAUAUCAGCUCUUCAAGGACCACAGAGCUCCAGCGGUGGGUUUCUUCCUGCUUGGUCUCUCAUCAGGCCUCUGCACCCUGCCUCUCUCCUUCAGCCCAUACCUGACCUCUGUACAGGGGGACCUGGAGUGGGCCGGCGAGGUCCUGGCUCCACCGCUGGUCUCCUUCGGCUUCCUGUGGCUCAGUGAAGACCGCACCACAGCCAACAUCCUCCUUAUUGGCUCAGCUCUCCUCCCGGUGCUCUGCGAUUGGUUGUCAGCGGACGAGUUGAUGCUGAUGUCACGCUGUCUGGCGUUGUCUGCCAUCUCCUGCUCGCUCACUGUGUGUCUGUUUGCGGGAAACGCUGUCGGGGCCCUGGGCAGUGUGGCCCUCAGCCUGCCACAAAUGGUGGCCCCCAGGGUGGGGGUCAAGACUCUGGCUCCCCUUGUCUCUCCAGGGGCCACUGUGGGACUGCUUAAGUGGCUCCUGAAGGGCUCCAUGGCUGUAGGGUGCUGGGCCUCUGAGAAGGCACUUAGCAAGUACCUGUUGGAACUGAAGGAAUUGGACACGCCAUUUUAACUUGUUACCACAGUAACACAGGGCUUCCCCAAACUCAGUCCUCGGGUCACCGGGGUUUAGUGUCUUUCCUAAGCACUACACAGCUUAUUCAAAUAAUCAACUAAAAGCUUUGAUCAUUUCAAUCAGGUUUAUAGUGUUUGGGCAAAAACCAAAACGUGCACCCCUUGGAGUGCCGAGCAUCGAGUUUGGGAAACGCUACUGUAACAGUUACUCACUGUCUGAACAGUUCAAUAGUCCCUCACACAUGAUAAUUACUGAUUGUUAAGUUGAUGUGGUCUCAUGAUGUGCACAUAGAGCUGCUGACAGAAGAGAACCAGAUGGAGGGUCUAUUUAUUUUGUCCUGCAGGGCCUUGCCUCAUAGAAGUAGAAUGAAUAGAACGGUCUUGGAACCUCUGACCAUGGCUUUUUGACUGGUAAAGUCAUGGGUGCACUCAAAAUAGGCGUCAUUGACUUAAAUGAGCAAGCUUGUUCGACUUAUUCUAGUACUGUGGCUUGCCUUUGAUCUGUAGCCAAUAACCUUUUCAAUUCCUAAUGACCAAUAACCUUUCCAAUUCCUACUGGCCAAUGACCUUUCCAAUUCCUACUGGCCAAUAACCUUUCCAAUUCCUACUGGCCAAUGACCUUUCCAAUUCCUACUGGCCAAUAACCUUUCCAAUUCCUACUGGCCAAUGACCUUUACAAUUCCUACUGGCCAAUAACCUUUCCAAUUCCUACUGGCCAAUGACCUUUCCAAUUCCUACUGGCCAAUGACCUUUCCAAUUCCUACUGGCCAAUAACCUUUACAAUUCCUACUGGCCAAUAACCUUUCCAAUUCCUACUGGCCAAUGACCUUUCCAAUUCCUACUGGCCAAUAACCUUUACAAUUCCUACUGGCCAAUGACCUUUCCAAUUCCUACUGGCCAAUAACCUUUACAAUUCCUACUGGCCAAUGACCUUUCCAAUUCCUACUGGCCAAUAACCUUUCCAAUUCCUACUGGCCAAUGACCUUUCCAAUUCCUACUGGCCAAUGACCUUUCCAAUUCCUACUGGCCAAUAACCUUUACAAUUCCUACUGGCCAAUAACCUUUCCAAUUCCUACUGGCCAAUGACCUUUCCAAUUCCUACUGGCCAAUAACCUUUACAAUUCCUACUGGCCAAUGACCUUUCCAAUUCCUACUGGCCAAUAACCUUUACAAUUCCUACUGGCCAAUGACCUUUCCAAUUCCUACUGGCCAAUAACCUUUCCAAUUCCUACUGGCCAAUGACCUUUCCAAUUCCUACUGGCCAAUGACCUUUCCAAUUCCUACUGGCCAAUAAACUUUCCAAUUCCUACUGGCCAAUGACCUUUCCAAUUCCUACUGGCCAAUAACCUUUCCAAUUCCUACUGGCCAAUGACCUUUAAAAUUCCUACUGGCCAAUGACCUUUACAAUUCCUACUGGCCAAUGACCUUUCCAAUUCCUACUGGCCAAUGACCUUUACAAUUCCUACUGGCCAAUGACCUUUCCAAUUCCUACUGGCCAAUGACCUUUCCAAUUCCUACUGGCCAAUGACCUUUUCAAGAGAUUAUCCAUAUGAUCCAUAUAAUGAUGCCAGUCUGCCAACUUGGAGGUGACAUGAUCCACCAUUGGGACAAGUGUCUGUUGCCAGUGUAUGAGCACUGUCAAGGGUGUUGUUCUACUUGUUCAGCUUAUUGUCAUGGCCAGGGAGCUCUGCUCUGUUAUCCUAGUACUUUCAUCUAUGCAAGUCGAAGAAGCACUGGUGUCUUAAUUCUAAAACUGUAAAACAUUAUUGAUGAUAUUAGUAACAGCGGUUAAUAACAUUUUAUGUGCUAAAAUAUUGAUUUGUUGUUGUAUCAACAAAAGGAGUAGCGCUUGGAUUUAACGCUUGUAUGUAGUGAUUGUCAUGGGUCACUAAUACUCCCAACCUCUUUCACACCACAUAUUAGAAAGUCUAAUUCAUCUAUGGAGGUUGAUUUACAGGACAGUGUAAUUACCAAUUGGCUAUAAAAGAUUCUAUCUGCUUA